CAGUCUGAUGUGAUUAAUGAUCGUUAGUUUCUCCCUUGCAGACCCCAUAGACAUCGUGAAGGACUACAUCACUCCUCACGAGUACCUGGUGGAAGAAGACCCCAAACUCUAUCAGUCGGUGAAAACCAAGCGCGGCCCGCUGUCGGACGACUGGAUCGAGGAGAUCAACCAGAAUCCUGGUGAAUGUCCCGUCAUGUGCGCCUACAAGCUCUGCAAAGUGGAGUUCAGAUACUGGGGCAUGCAGUCCAAGAUCGAGCGCUUCAUACACGACGUGGGCCUGCGUAAAGUGAUGGUUCGAGCCCACCGGCAGGCGUGGUGCUGGCAGGACGAGUGGUACGGCCUGACCAUCGAGGACAUCCGGCUGCUGGAGCUGGAGACCCAGCUGGCUCUAGCUAAGAAGAUGGCCCAGUACAGCGACGGGGGAACCGAGAACAGCGGCUCCUCCGUCAGCCAGGACCAGGGGCAGGGAGCUGAGGCCGCGAGGUCGGCU